AUUUCGAACCCGAACCAAACCCCCGCGGCGCGACAGUCGGCGGUGACGUCUUCCCCUCCCGGUAUCUCUCUCUCUUCCUCCUUCGCCAUCGCACACUCCCUUCUCCUCCCUCUUUCCCCUCUGUUCAUCGCAGACCCGCACCCCCGCCCCCGCCCCUUGGUUUCUAUUGUUCUCUGCAGCCAUGAAGGUUCCUAUGGGUCCUCCGGCUCCGCGAAACCCUAAACCUGACCCUAAUCCCGAACUCACUGAUGGCGAUCCAUCCAAUGACAAGGACGGGCUAGCCUGUUCGCAGCAGGACGGAGGUGUCGCAGCGGAGAGCAUCGCUCCGGAAUCAGAAGCGAAGGAUCUUGAAAAACCUAGUCCUAGUGCCUCUAAUUCAUCUUCCUCUGGAUCUCAGAGCGGAAAUUCGGCUGCUCCUUACUCGAUUCCAUCGUGGAGCGAGCCCCCCGCGCAACCUUUCUUCCUCGAGGUCCUCAAGGACGGCAUCAUCAUCGAACAGUUGGACGUGUCGCAAAAAGGAGCAUAUAUGUUUGGACGCAUUGAUUCUUGUGAUUUUGUGUUGGAACAUCCAACCAUCUCCAGGUUCCAUGCAGUUCUGCAGUUUAAGAAAGAUGAAGUUUUGCUUUAUGAUCUUGGUAGUACACACGGAACAUUCAUCAACAAAAUGCAGGUAAAGAAGAAGGUUUACACAGAACUUCAUGUUGGCGAUGUUAUUCGGUUUGGCAUGUCGUCACGGUUAUAUAUUUUCCAAGGACCAACUGAGUUAAUGCCUCCAGAGGGUGAUUUGGAGAAACUACGGAAUGCAAAAAUUCGAGAAGAGUUGCUCGAUCGUGAAGCUUCACUAUCACGGGCAAGAGUCGAUGCUUCCCUUGCAAAUGGUAUCUCAUGGGGCAUGCAGGAGGAUGCUAUUGAAGAAGACACAGAGAAUGGUGCAGAUGAAAUAACAUGGCAAACGUACAAAGGACAGCUAACUGAAAGGCAGGAAAAAACUCGUAGCAAAAUUAUAAAAAGAAUGGAGAAGGUCGCUAACAUGAAAAAGGAGAUUGAUGCCAUACGAGCAAAAGACAUUGCCCAAGGUGGCUUAACUCAAGGUCAGCAAACACAGAUAGCUCGGAAUGAGCAAAGAAUAACUCAGAUUAUGGAGGAAUUAGAUAGCUUAGAAGAGACUUUGAAUGAAAGUAUUCAAGAAAGUGUAGGUGCUCGAUCUGGUAAGGUAGUUUGUGGUAAGAAGAAAGAGAAUGUUGAAGAUGAAGAUGACAUGCUGAGUGAUGAUGACGAUUUCUAUGACCGGACCAAGAAGAAGCCUGCUGCUCGAAAGUCUGGUGAACAGCAAUCAGUCGAAACAGCUGAUUCUCUUCUCGACAAAAAGGAUACCAUAAUUAGUCAAAUUGAGGAAAAGAAGGCCUUGCUUUUGAAAGAGAAGGAAAAGGGAGUGACUGACUCUGUCAACAGCACCGAAGGUGGAGAUGACCUUGAUGCUUACAUGUCUGGGCUGUCAUCUCAACUAGUGCAUGACCGAGUCACAAAAAUUCAAAAUGAGCUGGUUGAUCUUCAAACUGAUUUGGAGAAAACAAUGUACCUGCUGAAGAUUGCUGAUCCAAUGGGAGAAGCUGCUCGCAAAAGAGAUGCCAAAGCAGAAGCAUCGAAAUCCAAAUCCAUUCCUAAUGUCUCGAAGCCACCAAAAUCGGAGCAAAAGCAAGGGACUGCACCUACACAUGUCGUAAAGCAAGGGACUGUGCCUACUACAACUGUUGGUUUAAAACCUGAUGACACUUCCAGUCAUAAACAAGCAGUGGAACAUACAGAAGGCAGGAACAUGACUGAAGACCAAGAGGCCAGCAAACCUGUGUAUACCGCCGUAAAGCCGCAGUGGCUUGGUGCCACCAGGGAGAUUACAUCAGAAGAGAAUAUGGUACAGGAAACUCAUUUGGAUGAGAAUGAAUUGGAUAAUUUUGUGGACUACAAAGAUAGGAAAGAAAUUCUUGGGUCUGACAAUAGAUCAGAGAUUGACUGUGCGGGUCCUGGUCUAAUUAUACGAAAACGAAAGCCUGCCCAUGAGAUGGGGAUGGGUGUUGAUAAAAUCCCCAAGGUGGAAGUGUCAGUGGCUGAAACCUCAGCUGCUGAUGCUGUGGCUCUGCUGCUGAAGCACAAACGUGGGUACACUGCUUUAGAUGAAGUACAUGAAAACAAAGAGUCCAAGAGCAAAGGUCUAGAAGGAAAGGAUAAUUCACAGGAGAAGCGAGUAUUUGGGCCUUCAAAGCCAGCUUUUCUUGACAACAAUCCAGAUUAUGAGUCGUGGGUACCUCCCGAAGGACAAACUGGUGAUGGACGCACCUCCCUGAAUGAACGUCUGGGUUAUUAGUUUAUGCUAUCGUGACACAAAAUCCAUCUGGGCAAGGUGUAAAAUGAAAAUCAUGCAGGACAGGACAGAGUAAUGCGAGAACCUGACCGAAUGGCUUCUUGAACUCUACCUUUCUAUGAUAUUCCCACAUGGCACCAGCUUCGCUGUGGCUUCCGCUCACUGACGAUGUCCGUUUCGCCAAAUUUUCCCAUGUUUGUAUCCUGGUGUUGUGUAUCCUGGAAGCCAUUAAAAUGGUCAAUCUGGUGAGCAAAUUUUAGCAAUCCAUCCAAGUUAAAAAUUCUCAGAGAGAGAGCUAGCUAUAUGGAGAUCAAACUAAAAGAAAACAUCAAAGAAAAGCUGACCGGGUGGGGUGCUGUGGUACCCGACUUUGUUGUCCUGGGACAGACGAACUUAUAUUUUUUUUCUUGAAUAUGGAAAUUCUUUGGAUAGAUAGAUUGGGCUGGUAUCUUCCCAAAUUGUCGUGCCUAUGCUACAGUAACUUUUUUAUCCUCUUGGGAUACUUGUUUAGAGGUUGAAUUAGUUGUGCUGAUCAGCAAUGUAUAUGUAUGUAUGCAUGCCAACUUUUAGGUGACAUGAUGCAUUUUUGUGUC